AUGGUAUUUGGAUCCUCGAUUCGAAUGCUGGGGAAAAAGAAAGAUGAAGAUAUUGUAUUUCAAUUUGUUGAAAGACCCAACAUGUUUUGCUGCCAAAUGUAUCGUCAGGCAUGGGAUUCUGCGGUAACUUCUCUAAUGCAAGUUGUGCUAGUUGCUUCUGAAUACUUGAAGAACUGGCGUCAUGUACAAUUAUUGUCAAAGGGGUUUGUGAAGUAUUCUCAUGGACAAGAGCCCCAAUGGCAGCGUGUUAUUGUGGAAUCAGAUGUGGCUUUUGCAAUCCAUUCUUUGACAAGUCCUAGGAGUUGGGAUCACAAUGCCUCUCCUUUAAUUGUAGAUGCUUUGUCUAUGGACUUACGAAGUUCUCUUCUGUGGCUUUGUUCGGGAGACUUUAAUGAUUUAUGCUUGAGAGACGAGAAGGAAGGAGGAGCAACUUUGCCAGAUUAUUUUAUACAGGGGUUUAGACAGGCGCUUGAGGAUAAUAAUUUUAUUCAAAUACCCAUUGUUGGCUCUUUCUUCACAUGGGAGAAGGGUAGAGAGUCGAAUAAUCUGAUUAGAGAGAAGCUUGAUAGAGCCCUUGCUACUGAGGACUGGACUCGUAAAUUCACUAAUGUUGUCUGCUCGAUUGUUCAUAUUCCUAGAUCGGAUCACAAACCAUUGGUGAUUAAUACAGCUCCUAAGGAUAAUAGGGGAGAUAGAAGGAGAUUUCGAUUUGAUAAUCCAUGGUUAUGUAAUGAGGGUUUGGCUGAGGUUGUUAAAGGAGCUUGGGUUAAUUUUAUACCACACAACCUUUUGAUAAAACAUGAUGAUUUAGUUUCUGCUCUUUCGUUGUGGGGUAGGAGCAGAAAUAGAGAGUUUUGGCAAAAAAAUAAAACUAUACAGAGAUUAUUGGAUAAUGGGCCCAGUAAUGUUUCUCAUGCCUCUUUAAAGGAAGAUUGGAAUUGUCUUCUUGAGCAGGAAGAAGCUAGACUUAAACAGCAGGCAAAGUGCUUUUAUGAUACUGAUCAGAAGAAGUCUAUUUUUUAUGGUGGUUCUAUGAAUUGUGAAUGGGUUUUUGAGUUGGCACUGGCCUUAAUUAAUGAUGUCGAUAAUGUUGAUCUUUGUGCUCCCUUUUCGAAUGAGGAAUUUAGAGCUGCUCUUUUUCAGAUGCAUCCAGACAAGGCACCGGGGCUGGAUGGUACUUUUCCUUCUUCUCUUACUGAAACAUUGAUUGUUUUGAUCCCUAAAGUGGAUAGCCCUGAAACUGUUAAAGACUUUUGUCCAAUUGCGUUAUGUAAUGUGUUAUAUAACAUUGUGGCUAAAGCUUUGGCGAACAGAUUUAAAAGGGUCCUUUCUAUGAUUACCUCUGAGAAUCAGUCUGCCUUUAUCCCUCAUCGGUCGAUUACCAAUAAUGUUAUAAUUGCGUUUGAAAUGAUUCACAAUAUGAAAAUUAAUAAGGGCAUAAAUGAUGGUAAUUAUGCACUUAAAAUUGAUAUUUCUAAGGCUUAUGAUAUGGUACAGUGGGAGUUUCUAAAAGGCAAGUUGGAACAAUUUAGUUUUUCUACUCAAUGGAUUAGGUGGUUGACUAUAUACUUUUCGAAAGUUUCUUACAAUAUCAAUUUCAAUGGUGAUUGGAUUGGUCCUAUUGUGCCUGGUAGAGGUCUUCGACAGGGGAUCCUAUUUCCCCGUAUCUCUAUUUGGUGUGUGCGGAAGGCUUAUCAUUACUACUUAAAGAUGCUGAAUCUAGGGGCUGCUGCUUCUGGACAAGUGGUGAACUUUAACAAAUCUAGCAUUUUCUUCAGUCCCAAUAUGGUCUCCUCUGUAAGAGUGUUUAAAGCAAAGUACUUCCCAAAUGGUGAUUUAUUUUCCACCAAUGUAAGUAAUGGUACUGGCUUUGUUUGGAAAAACGUGAUGACAUCAAGGGAGUUGAUUCGAAAGGGUACAAGGUGGAGGGUGGGCAAUGGAGAGAAGAUUUUAGUGGUUUUAGCUCCUUGGAUUCCUAAGGAGGUUACCUUUUUUGCGGAUGAUGACCCCGAUUUUAUUGAACCACAUUUGCGUGUUUAUAAUCUUUUUGAAGGCAAUGGAAGAGUUUGGAACAUUGCUCUUUUAAUGAAGCUUUUUUCUUCAAGAGAUAUCAGGGCUAGUAUUAGUAUUCCUAUUAGUAUUACCAAUAAGAAAUAUUCCUUCUUGUGGCACUUUGAUAAAAGAGGUGAAGUCCGCAUACUUCGUGUGUAUGGACUUGCUAGGAAGAUAAUCUUUUAA